AGAGAGUGACCGGCCUACCGCCAGGGAAGGAGGGACCUUGGAAGAGCCAGGAUGGCGGGUUGGAGUUUAGAGAGAGUAGCUCCCUAGGUACGCGGGCAGGGGCCCGAGCGUAGACUGGGGGCGGGGCUAAAGGCAGCGGCUGGGUUCCGAAGGAUUGGGAGGGGCCCGGAGAUUGAGAGAAUGGCUGGGGCGGGGCUAAGAACGGGGUUAGGGGCGGGGCUAGGGUCUGGGAGUAGGACUAAACCUGGAGCAGAUCUGGAAAGGAACAAGGGAUGGGACUGAGGGCUGGACCUCAGCGGCUGAGCUAAAGUUUACACCUGAGAUAACGGGGAGGUGCUAAGGUUAAAGUGGAACAAAGAUGGAGAGGCCCAGAAUGAACUGGGAGGACCCGGAUGAAGAGCGCAGCGGAAGCUCAGACUUGGGCUAAGAUAACGCAGCCUAGAGCGGAGGGAGGCGGGAGACUGGGCAAGCAUGAGGCGGAGUUAAGGGCUGGACUGGGGCGAAGCUGAGAUUGGGGUUUACGUUGGACUCGGCCAAGCUGAGGUUCAGGGUUGGACUUCUUCGAGGAAGAGUCUUGUGGAGACGAAGAACUAGGCUGAGAGAUAUGUGGGUUAGGACGACACUGAGGAUUGAAAGGUGGACUAAGGAAAAAAUUGAGGACGACGCCAGCUGGUGGGACGAGAGCAGCACCGAUAUAAACAGGUUACCCAGCUGGGAGAGAGGACAUCUGCUGGCUGGUGUGGCGUCCAGCACUGACGCAUCUACCUUCUCCUCUGAAGGUGAAUUCAAGGACACCGACAGGUGCUGCUGGAAACACAGAAAGUGCAUUGGGCACAUCAUCCAUCCCUUCACCUCUGACUAUGGCCACCACGACGUGCACCUGCGCUCUGUCAGCCACUGUGACUGUGAUUCUAGGCUGAAGGACUGCUCAGAGAAGACACAUAGCAGUUCUGGAGAUGUGGGCCCAACCUGCUCCCAAGAUGUGGACUCAGCCUGUUUCAACAUCAUCCAGUGCCCAUGCUUUGAGCUCAUCCCAGAGGAGGAGUGUGUGGAGCGGCUCUGGUGUGGCUGGUGCAAAAGCUACAGGCCUGUCUCCGUGGCAGUGAUCCACCAUCCCAUCCACCAUGAGUGCGGGGCAGAUGACCUAAACCAAGAAGAGGAAGAGGAGGAGGAGGAGGAAGAAAGCAAGCCUCCCAUCCCGACCCAGGUGGGGCCCCCCGCCCUCCCCACCAACACAGGUAUGGGCGUGGUCACAGGUACCCCUGAAUUAGCAGCUCCCAUCACCAUCUGGCGUUCCGAAAGCCCCGCAGGGAAGUCCCAGGGCAAUAAGGUGAUUAAGAAGAUAAAGCAGAAAAAGGAAAAAGAGAAAGACAAGGAGGAGGAGACGGACGAAAAGGCAAAGGUGAGGAAAAAAGUCAAGAAGGGCAAGUUGACUAAGAAGAAGAGCCCAGUUAAAUCAGAAUCACCUCCAGAGUUAAGCCGACUGUUAAGCCCGAGAGAGUUGGCCAGGAUGUCAGAGUCCAGCCCAGACAGCUGGCAAGAUCUGGAGAGUGAGGACAGUUACAAUGACCCUGGGCGGGAGGAACCCUCCAGUGAGGAUAUUGUGGAGUCUUCAUCACCCAGGAAGAGAGAGAAGAACAGGGUCCAGGCCAAGAAGCCCGGGAUGAAGGCCUCACCAGUCAAGAAGGUCAACAGGAGGAAAUCUCCCCCAGCAUCAAACCCCAAUCUCAGUUGAGGCCAGGGCAACAAGGGUGAAGAAUAAAGGCGAUCAAGUCUGUAGCUGACCCCCUGCUUCUCUCUCCCUCCAACCUGGCUACUUCUGGGGGGAGGGGGCAGCCUCUGGGCAUAACUGGAGCCAAGGGGCUAAGGAGCUGCAGGUGUUUCUGAAGGGCAAUCUAUCUUUCAAGAGGAAGCCCAGAGAAGGCAGGUGGGAGGGCAAGGAAGGGGCACAGCCUGUUUCUCUGUAACAUCCUGGGUCCAGGGCAGAAGAGCACCUCUGGGUGGGAAGGAGGCUUCCUGUCUACUGGGGGACAGGUCUGUGCAAAAUCCACUUGGUGACAGGCAUUGUGUGCAGUGAUACCACUAAUAAAUUGAUCCUUUUAACCCACUCUCAGCCACCUUGCCUGGCCUUUCCCUACUCUUAAGUGGCCCUGGGGCAGGUGCUGGUGGCAUCAAAAGGAACAUGAACCUUCCCAGCUGGUGUGGCCAUGCUCCUGCUAGGCCCUUCUAGGCCUUUUGUGCUGAAGGGAAAGGAACUGAAUUCCUAUCAGAAGGCCAGCCCCUUCUCCCAACUCUUGCCAACAGCCAAAGGGAUCUUGAAUGAAGGAAAGCAAGGCAGGGAGCUCUCCAAGUUUGGGCAGCAGUGGCCUUUUCUGACUUCUCUGCUGAGCCCCAAGCAGAGGAAAGGGAGGGGGAAAGCUUUGCUUUCCCAGAGCUGACAGGCAAAGCUGUGAGGUGAAGCCCUAGUGAAGAAACAGGGAGAUCAGUCCAGAUCAGAAGAGGCAAUGGGGCUGAGGGAAGCGACUAGUCAGCUCUCUUUGCCAGGGCUGUGUGUGUGUGGGACCAGGUGAGCGGGGGGCCCAUCCUGGGGGAGAUACAGUUCACUCACGUGGAGGUACCACCAGACCAAGGCCCAGCCGGCAAAAAGGGGAGAGAGAGGUGCAGGGUUCAAGUGGAGACACCCAGAUUGACCUGUGGCCUUUCUCCCAUGUGCCAGAGAAGACUAGAAUUCACAGUGGAUGGGGUGGCUGUGUGUGAGUGUAACAGCAGCUGCUAACAUUUCCUGAGGCCUGAUGAGGUCCCAGGCACUGGACUUAGCACGUCACACAUUCUUUCUUAGUCCUCACAGCUGCCCUUCUGAGCUAGGUAUCAUCAUCUCCAUUUUACAGAUAAGAAAGCUGACUUAGAGACAACAGGGACUCGCUCAAGGUCACAGGGCUGGGAAGUGGAGCAGGGAUGAUGUGAGCCUGGGCAACGUGGUACAGAAGCCACCUGCUCCUCUCUAAGUCCCUGCCUCUCUGA